ACUAGCAGACGAGUCAGUCAUUCCCCGGCGCGUGGAAGGAGCAGGCUUGUGAAUGGUGUAUUAGAGGAGGAACUGAAAACUAUUCAUGCAUUCUCAAUGAAGACUUUGACCCCUGAGCAGUGGGAGCAGCAGAAGCAGUAAUAAUUAGGAGAUAACGAGUCCUGCAUCCGGUCUCUGCCAUGUCAGAGGCUUAGCGAAGGUUCCUAUGAUUCUAGUAGCAGACUUCUGAAAUACUACGUACAAGCAAAGAUUUUCCACUCGAAUCAUCCCAGACGUUGAUAAAAUACUCAAACCAUCUUUAUUGUAGACACUGCAGAAUGUCAACCAAUGGUGAACACACCAAAGAAUUGCCUAAAGUUUUUAAAGUGAGUGCACCUGGUAAAGUAAUACUCCAUGGGGAACAUUCGGUGGUGUAUGGUAAGCGCGCAGUUGCCCUUAGUGUAGGCUUGCGGACUUACCUUACGAUCACUGUUGGAGGAGAUUCGAUCUUCUUGGAUUUCCCUCUGAUAAAUAUCAAGGAGUCAUGGUCGUUGGAUACCUUCAAGGACUUGAGGACUAAACUUGGUUGUCGGAAAGAAGACGGAGCCAAGAAACUGAACGAAAAGCAGAGCCAGUGUAUUCACGAGUUCUUGCAGAUUGGAGAAGAGGCUACGGAUCCUAGGAAACUUGCCCUGUUGUCUUUCUUUCACUUGUAUAUGGGUAUCUUACCUGAGCCAUUACCACUCUCAAUAUCAGUAAGUAGUGACUUACCCAUUGGUGCUGGCUUAGGAAGCUCUGCUGCUUAUGCGGUAUGUUUGGCAGGUGCUCUUCUUCAGCUAUCAGGUGCUUUCGAUUUGAGGCGGCUGUCGUCUUCGCCAGUUGAGGAGUACACGGCCAAAGUCCUCAAAGUUGUCUCACAGUGGGCAUUUGCAAGUGAGCAGAUAGUCCAUGGCACUCCAUCAGGUAUAGAUAACUCUGUGUGCACCUAUGGAGGAGCAGUAAGCUUCAAAUCAGGUGAUAUUUCACCAAUACACAUACCACCCCUGAAAGUUCUCCUAGUCAAUACAGGCGUUCCUCGAAGCACCAAAGCUCUGGUAACCGGAGUCCGUAAACGUAAAGAGAGUCUCCCCGACGUUAUGGUCCCCGUACUCGAUGCUAUGGAUGCUCUUGCAGAUAAAGGUCUCGGUGUAUUGCAGUCUCUCACCAGUGUUGUGGAUGAUGAUGAGCGGAAUCAAGCAUUCCAAACAUUAGAAGAGCUGGUUGAUGUAAAUCAUGCCUUACUUUGUUCCCUUGGAGUUUCUCACGCCAGUUUAGAUCGGCUUGUAGGAAUUGCGAGGUCUCAUGGUUUGCAUGCCAAAUUGACUGGCGCGGGAGGUGGGGGUUUUGGUAUAGUCAUUGUUCCACCCUGUGUAAAUGAAUCAGUCAUUGAAGGUUGUUGUGAAGAACUUAAACAGUCAGGGUAUGAAGUUUGGUCAACAAGCAUUGGAGCCCCAGGCCUUAAUAUUCACUGUAAUUGAAAUUUUUUCUUGCAAUUUUUAAUUUAUCAAAAGCUUUUUACUUAGUUUAUUGUCUGUCAUGUGUAUUAGAGAGCGGGUCCUUUUGUUUUGAAGUUUUAGGUUAUUCAAGUAGUUUGUGACUUUCGUAAAAUUUUGUGUUGUCUUACUAGAAACAACAUAAUAUUAACCGGUGUUUUGUUCCACUUUUCAAAGUCAGUUUUGUCUAAACUGGAAAUUUUUAUGACUUGUCUGUUAAUACAGAUAAUUUUAAGUAUUUAAUUUAAUUUUACUCCUAUUAAGGUCAUUUGGUAAUAACCCAGUUCACUGAUGUUGCUUUGCUUUUAUGUUUUGUGGUAUAUGUUGACCAAAUUUUUCAUUUGUUCAUUUUUGUCUGUGAUUUUACCUCAUGCAUUUAUUCACCCACAGGGUGUCGUACUUAAUUUAUUGAAACUUUAAACUUGAAAGUACUGUAGUUGCAAAAUGUCUGGCUUUUGAUACUUGAAUUUCAAGGACCUUUUGCACUUUAUCGAGGAAUAUUGUAUUAAUAAUUCAUUUUCUAUUCUUCUGUCACUGUUCUGUAAGGAUGGUUGUGACAGCACUGUAAAUGUUACUGCUGCUUAUUUCGUGGCUUUAAGACCAUGUCAUUUUAGUAAAUAAUUUUUGUAAUAGCACACCAAACCAAAGAUCUAUAACAAGUACUAGUAUGUUAUUUGGUUAGUUCGUAUCCUUCAGAUGUUCCCAUAUUUUGAAAUCAAGAUGUCCUCAAUUUUUAAAAAUCUCACUGAACAUUAUUCAAUCAACUUCUUUUUUUGUACAAUACGCACCAGUACCCACUUGCAUUACUGUAAUGUUGUGAGUCGUAAGUGUUUAUUGAUCGAUGUUGGAAGUUGAAUGUUUAUCAGUGUGGAUUCAAUAACUUCUUGUUGUUAUAUUUUUUUUAUUAAGCUGUUGUUUGAAGAGCUUGAUUGAUGCUGUGUGCGAUGUCACAAAGUUUAGUAAAAGCUUACGCUAUU